UUACCACUUCGCUACUGAAUUAAUCUUUUUUUUUGUAAAUUGAAGAUUAUGAAGUUGUGAUAAGAAGAAUAAUAAAUAUAAUUUGUAAUUUUGAAAAGAAUUUUGUUGCGCAGUGGAAGACUCCAAUAAUUAUGUCAAUUUUUUUGGACAAUAAUUCAUCAUUUGGCAAUGGGAAUAAUUAAUACUUCCUUGUUUUUCUUUUUUUAAUUCAUGUAUCAACCUACAGUGGAUUAUUUACAAACGUUUGGAUAAAUAUGACAUGUCAAUUUGGCUUUCCUUGUUGUCUUUUUUAGAUACAAUACUUAUUUAGUAUUCUAGAUUCUAAUAUUGUCAGUUUGGAUAAAUUCAAGUACAAUUUUAAUACUUCCUCGUUAUGAAGAGAAAUUCAUGAUCAUGUGAAGUCUACAAGUGUCAUCACACUCUAAUGUAUUUGAAAUUCUAAUUUCUAUCAUCAAUUAAUUAAUUUGAUUUUGUAAAUUGAAGGUGAGAUGAAUAAUAAGUCUAAUUUGUAAUUUUGGAAAGAAUUUUGUUGUGAAGUGAAUGAGUGCAACAAUGAUGUCAAAUUUAUGAGAAUAAUUCACCAUUGGACAAUUGAAACUUUGGAUUUUCAAUCACAGAACUCAUUUCACUAUCGAAUUCAUUACGGAAAUAGACGAAAGGUGAAGAGAUUCACGGCUCCGAUAGCUCCUGAGAAUUUCAAUGUGACCUGGUUCACCGUAGAAAGUAUUCCACUCUCCACUACUGCCAGAAUCACAAUACAACUACUCAGUGGAUUAAUUCAAUGAUGAGGGGCGUUAGGGCACUUCGGUGUGUUCGAAAUUACUCUGGUAAAGCUCCAACACCAAGAGUUUGCAUUGUGGGAGCUGGACCUGCUGGUUUUUAUGCUGCGCAGCAGUUAAUAAAGGCAUCCAACGAUGUAGAAGUCGACAUUCUGGAGCGUUUGCCUGUUCCCUUCGGUCUAGUUAGAUUUGGAGUUGCUCCAGAUCAUCCAGAAGUUAAGAAUGUCAUCAACACCUUCAAUAAAACAGCGAAGAACCCUCGCGUCAAGUUUCUGGGGAAUAUUAAUGUGGGAAAGGACGUGACUGUCGAGGAGUUGAGGAGGAAUUAUCAUGCAGUUUUAUUGACUUAUGGAGCUGAACAGGACAGAAUUUUGGGAAUCCCAGGAGAAGAUUUACCUAAUGUUAUCUCUGGACGUCAGUUCGUGGGCUGGUACAAUGGAUUACCAGCGAAUAAAGAUUUGAAAAUUAAUUUAGAUGUUGAGGAGGCGGUUGUUCUGGGCCAAGGGAAUGUUGCUGUCGAUAUCGCAAGGAUUUUAUUGACUUCCAUCGACGAGUUGAAGAAAACAGACAUAACUUCCCACGCCCUGGACCAGCUCUCCCUCAGCCGAAUCCGUCGUGUGUGGAUGGUGGGUCGUCGAGGGCCCCUCCAGGCAGCCUUCACCAUAGCAGAGCUUCGAGAGAUGACAAAACUCAAGGACUGCUGUACCACCUGGCGUCCCGAGGACUUCGCAGGAGUCGCAGACGUCGUUCCAAGUCUCGUGAGACCGAGGAAACGACUCACAGAACUCAUGCUGAAAAACCUCUCUGAGCCAAAAGAUCAGGAAAGCCCAGGAGUCAAGCAAUUCGCCCCAAUUUUCCUCCGAGGGCCGAAGGAGAUCGUGGGCUCGACUUCAGUGGAAAAAAUUGAACUCUCAGUGAAUAAACUAGAGGGUGAGGACGUUCUCAAUCAGAGAGCAGUGGCCACAGAGGGGGUGGAAGAAAUUCCUUGUGGUCUAGUGCUCCGAAGCAUUGGAUAUAAAUCAGUCCAGAUUGACCCAUCAGUUCCGUUUGAUUCCGAACGAGGGAGAGUUGCCAACUCCUCUGGAAAAAUUGGGGACUGUCUCUACGCAGCUGGGUGGGUCGCCACUGGACCCAUUGGGGUCAUCCUCUCGACCAUGACGAAUGCCUUCAAUGUUGGUAGUUUAAUUUUUCAAGAACUGAAGGCGAUGGAGGUGAAGCCAGGAUCAGAGGAAGUCUUUAAAAUCCUCAAAAACAGGGGUAUUCGUCCUGUCUCUUACGAACAGUGGGAGAAAAUUGAUAAUGUCGAGCAGGAGAGGGGCAGACAGAAGGGAAAACCACGAGAAAAAAUUGUCGAUGUAGGUGAAAUGCUAGAAAUAGCUUUUAGCUAGUUUAUCUUUAUUAAAUAAAAAAAUUAACUUUUUUUCUGAGUGAACAAUGAUUUUUUACGAAUAAAUUUUUAUAAAUUUCACUACUUCAAGCUUAUUUAGACUGCUUUUUCAUUCAAAAAGUGAAUUUUUAGUUAUGAAUGACAAUGCCUGAGGUUUAUUUAAAAUUUGUAAAUAAAGAAAUUGACGAAAAAUCCUGGAUCAAAUGUAAUGUUCUCUCUCUGUGAAAUGCUAGAAAUAGCUUUUAGCUAGUUUAUCUUUAUUAAAUGAAAAAAUGAACUUUUUUUCUGAAUGAACAAUGAUUUUUUAUGAAUAAAUUUUCAUAAAUUUCACUCCUUCAAGCUUAUUUAGACUGCUUUCUCAUUCAAAAAGUGAAUUUUUAGAUAUGAAUGACAAUGCCUGAGAUUUAUUCAAAAUUUGUAAAUAAAGAAAUUGACGAAAAAUCCUGGAUCAAAUGUAAUGUUCUCUCUCUGUGAAAUGCUAGAAAUAACUUUUAGUUAGUUUAUCUUUAUUAAAUAAUGAAAUUGACGAAAAAUCCUGGAUCAAAUGUGAUGUUCUCAAUCUAGAAAUAUUUCAAAUUGAAUUGUCGUAGAACUAAAGCCCAUGGGAGUGAAACCAGGAUCAGAAGAAGCCUUGAGAAUUCUCAAAAGCAAGGGUAUUCAUCCUGUGUCUUACGAAUAGUGGGAAACAGAAGGGAAAAUCACGAGAAAAAUAGUUGAUGUAGGUGAAAUGCUAGAAAUAGCUUUUAGCUACUUUAUCUUUAUUUAAAAAAACAUAAUGAACUUUUUUCUGAA